AUGAUUAUUUUUACUCCAACAGAAAAUUGUCAUGUUAAAUUGGCACCAACGAGUAAGCUAUACUUCACUGUUGUGCAAUUUAUAUUGUGGACAAGCAUCCCAAGAUCACUUACGGCAUCUCAAAUUAGCCCCAAGCCUCCACGAUUGAGCAUAUUGUACCUCACCGAUAGACCGCUGACUGACAAGAUAAAAACAUCGCUGGCUCAAUUUGAAAGCAAACUUGCAAGCAGUACCAGAUUUAACCAAACAGUCCAGUUAACAACCCAAGUCCUUUCGCAGAACGCUACCACAAUAUUGGAUACGUUACGCGUGCUGAAGAAAUGCGUCCGAUGGGAGGAAACGGAAGUUAUUAUUGUCAAUCUGAACGAUGAAAAAGUAAAAAAGAUGGUAUUAUGUGGUUAUAGAGGACUGGUGUUUGACAUCAAAACGAGGCCAAGAGAUAUGCAACAGGUAUUAAUUAUAGAUAAACAGGGAACAAUACUGUAGAUGUUGAUUCUCGCUAACGUGACAAAAAGAUGUUCCAACUGAACAUUCUUUGUGCGAUGCUAUACUGUUCGAAACAAACGCCACGAUCUUAUGACAUCACGCUUGACAGACCAUACCCCAAUCUUAUGACAUAACGCUACUAACUCUUGACGAAGGGCCUUCGCUCGAAACGUCGAGUUUCUGCUUAUUUUUUAAGGUAGUAAUAUAACCACUCAGCACAUGCAGCAUACCCCGAAGUAAUGCAUGCAAAUUAAGUUAAUGUACAUUCGGACAAGUCAAUGUUCAUGACCCCCAUCUUAUCCCGUUUAAUGCUGGCAACAACUUCCAAGCAACUCAGUUUGGCAAUAAUUUAUCAUGACACUUUGCUAUAUAAAUCUGUCUGGGAACGAGUCUGAGUUUUGAGUCUGGCAACGAGGUUGAUAUUACGUGAGAGUAGUGCAUGGGGAUUAAAGAGCGCAACAUGUUGUGAUGAGCAUUUCUUUUUAGGGGUGUGCGAAUUUGAUGAAAAUGAAGAAGUAGUCGAUCUCCACCAUGCGUCAUGUGCAAAAUUGCACUUUUUCUCACAAAGCGAAAGGAAGAAAUUAACUUCGGCAAUAUGUUGAAAAAAUUCUUCACAAAAAUAUAGGAAACGAAUCCAACAUUUUCCCGUCCAAAGAUUUUUCCACACUGACAAGUAAAAUCAAUUCAUUGAGCAUUAGACAGAGUAUAGAACAUUAAACGACAUCGUACACAUAUGAUCGGUAUGGUCGCAAAAGAAUGGACCUAUUACCUAAUGAACAAAAUUUUGAUCUAGACAAGUCUAGACAAAAAUUUCAUCACAGCUUGAAAGAGCGUCACAAAAUUAGUAAUAUUCCGAAGUUUCGUUACGAAAUGUUGUAAAAUGCGGAUAAUAUAGUCCUGCGAAGUUUGCCGUUUUUCAGUCAUUUUGUAUUACGCGCGGGAAAUUGAUACCUUUUUUCAGAAAGCGGUAUCAAUUUCCCGUGCGUAAUACAAAAUGAAUGAAAAACGGCAAACUUCGCAGGGCUAUAUUAUCCGCAUUUUUCAAUAUUUCGCAAGGAAACUUCGGAAUAUUACUAAUUUUGUGAUGCUCUUUCAAGCCGUGAUGAAAUUUAUGUCUAGAUCAAAAUUUUGUUUAUUAGGUAAUAGGUCCAUUACGAUCAAAAAAUAAAGUAUACCUGUGCCAUGCAUUUACUUUUGAUUACUGUAAGUAAUAGCAAGUAAGAACUUUUAAAAAUUUAGCUUUCCUAAUGGCCUAGCUGUUUAUGUACAGAUCCUUCUUCGAAUGUCAGGCAACUUGAGGGAAUUAGAAAGCUAGAGUGCUAAUUAAAUUAAAUUAAAAGCAGUGAUCUCCAUAUAUAUAUCUGGAGUAAGAACUCGCGUCCAAAAUGUAAAGAUGGCGGAAAUCGACGUCCGGCGCCAGUCCCCUAAUUCUUUCUGUCUUCGCGGUUAACAUGUACCGGCUGCAUGCACGGAGUGUGCCGAAAUCGGCCAUGUUUUGACUUCAAUUUUAAGAUUAAUAUUAUGGUUUUAUGGGCAGAUAAUUUGAUUAGCAAUACGAUCCAUUAGAAAAAAUACAAUUAGCCGUAACGAAAACUGUUUACGACCUUCAUAGAUAUUGGACGUCGAUUUCCACAAUUUUUUUGUCUUUUCUCAUGGGCCAAAUGACUGCGGAAGUUCUAGAUCCAGUUAUAUGUAGAGCUCACUGACUAAAAGUCGGUUCCUUUUACUCCCUUUGCAGACAUCCUACAAUGUGCUCACCGUAAAACCAUCGCUCACACGGCUUCACGAAUCUGUAGAAAAAAUUUUCGGCGAAAUCGGGUACACGAAGAUGCACGAAGUCGAAUGCUUCACCCGUCUACAAUCAGAAAUCACGAAAAUGAAACAAACUUUGGAAAACAUUAAAGAUAGCUCGCAUACGUUCAUAUUCGUAAAAUGUUUGGUGAAUCUGGACCUUAUUCUGCAACACGCUAACGAAAUUGGCCUCACAACCAGUGACUUCCGCUGGGUUUUUCCAGGAGUAAUAACCUUGAAAGAAAUAUCAAAUAAUUUACCUCAAAAUGUGAUAGCCAUUGAUUUGCCUGGGUCAGGUGACAGGCGUCAGUCAAUGGUGGAGGAUAAUUUAUUGUUUCUUGGCGACGUGCUAAGUGUCCUAGAAAUGACGUUGGAAGAUAAUUUUGAGAAUUUAUUGGCAGGAAAGAUGUGGAAUUCUGCAAGGCACACCACUUCCUUAAAAAGGCAAGUUCUAAAGCCAGAUUUGCAGAGAUUUGCAAUGUUGUAGAUUAAUCAGUGAUAUAUUUUUUACUCUAUUCAGAUACAUUGUGAAAGAACAAUUCUCUGGUGACACAGGGGAUGUGCUAUUUAACGCGGAUGGGCAACGUUCUGGAGAAACCUAUGAAAUUUUCGAGCUUAUAACAUUUAAUGGCGUCCGUCAGUGGCUUCCCAUUGGCUCGCUUGAAAAAGGAAACGUCAGAAUCCUUUUCAACCAAUGGCGAUUGGAGGACAAUAUACCAGGAAAACCGGUUUUGAGAGUUGUCACACGACUGAAACCUCCGUAUUUAAUGUUUGGCACGGUGCAGGACCGAACAUCAACCGGCGAGUGCGAAAUAGGCCGAAUCUGCCGUCAUUUUACGAAAAUCAAUGAUAACUUUACGGCUGGUGCAGAAACCACUCCGAUGGAUAUUUCUACAAACAUCUCCGGUACUUUAGCGACUAACAAUGAAUCCGUUCCGACAAACUUUGAGGACAAAUGCUGCACCGGGCUUAUCAUUGAUCUAUUGGAAAGGCUCGAGGCCGACGUCGAGUUCGAAAGCAAAAUUCACCUUGUAAAGGAUGGAAUGUUUGGAAGCAACGACCCGAAAACCCGACGAUGGAAUGGCAUGAUAGGUGAGCUUGUCAGAAACGAGGCUGACAUGGCGGCGUCGACACUUACGAUCACUGCUAAGCGAUCCAAAGUUGUGGACUUCACAUUCCCAUAUGUGGACAUUGCGAAUGGAAUAUUGGUUUCUGCGCAACCAGCGUCGCAUGGCGUUUGGGACUUUGUCUUUCUGGAUACAUUCAGUGGAUCUCUUUGGCUCGUUUUAUUCAUUGCGAUUCAGGUAAUUAACGUAUCGAUGAUAUUGUCCCGGGUUUGGUUGUACGGUCCGGUCUAAUUGAUAGUUUCAACACUGUCAACUGCGCAUUCGACUUAUCUAAUGCUUUGUUACCUUUGCUCUUCUCUAUGUUUUUGUAAAUUGGAAUACUAGUAACAUGGGAUGUAUGUUACCCGGAGUUUUAAAAUGGGUAGAAAAAAAUUCGGCGACUUUCCAAAUUACUAUAUAAAAUAAAUUGUAUAACGAUUCCACAAAUUCCACUAGAGGUAUUUCAGUAUUACUAUUUAUUUUCGUACCACGAGAAGUGGCACAAUAUCAAAUCCAGUGAGCACUAGUUAUGAAUAGAAUUAGGGUUCGUUUAAUUAAAGGUACAGUAAAAAUCACUGGAUGUAAAAAAAUUAUGAUGUUUAUAUGAAAUUGCACCUUUAAAACAUUAGCCUAAGUUGCCUAGGUAUAUAUAUUAAUUAAAUCUACCGCAUUUGUUUUCUCUAGAUUGUCAUAGGCUUACUAUGGUUAGCCGAAAGUCUUCGCAAGCGAAGGAGAUUCCUCAAUUUUCCACACAAGCGAGACAACUCUAUCAGCUGUGCUCAAAUUAUCAACUACACGUGGUCGCUGGUGUUCCAGAAAGCUUCAGAGGAGGUGGGGCCAAAUACACUGGGGGGUAGGACUGUGGCUGCAUUUUUUGCGUUCUGUACUAUCAUAGCAUGUAGUUCCUUCACAGCAAAUUUGGCUGCCAUUAAAGUGACAACGAAAGAAGGGAUUAGCAUCAGUGGAAUUCAAGACAAGAAGGUAUUUAAAAGUGUUGUUCUGCUAUGGCACGUAUUUCGGUUCUUCGGGAAGAAGGACUAGGUCAAGGAAACAAAAUUUCUCAGUCUAUAAUCUCCUUGAAGAAACAUGGCUACAUACAUGGCUACAACGUACGUUUCUAAGUUUGUACAACGUCGGGAAACAUGGCAAAGAAACUCGAUAAACAAAGCUAGGAAACAAUGUUAGCCGCCAGUUUUUACAUCUUCAGGAAACAGGGCUAAGAUGCGUUUCAGAUUUACCCAAUUUACCCAAAACAUGGCUAAAAACAAUGUUUCUUGGUUUGUCCAUCUUUAGUAAGCAUGGCUAGGGAAUGUUUUUUGGUUUAUUCAAAUUCGGCAAACUCGGCCAGGAACAACUUUCAACUGGGAAACAUGAUUAACCACUUAUGAGAAAUAUGGUUUGCUUCUUUCGAGAUAUAUAAGGCUAGGUUUGCCCAAAUGGCUGCAAUCAUGAUUAAAAAACAAUAUUUCCUGGUUUUCGUACGCAGCUUCAAGAAACAUGCCUAGGAAACUUUGUCACUUUUCCAUCAAUGUCUCCUAGUUUGCCCAGCCUUAAUUAAUUAAUAUUUUUAUGAUCGUGGUGUUACAACUCAGGCAGUGGCAGCCAUGACAUGGUCAUAUUGCGCGGGUACUAUGCUAAUAAACGUAAACUCAGAUGAUCUAAAGAGAAUACAUUUCUAGAGGUUUGAAUAAUUUAAAAUUUGCAUAGCAUGACGAGUUAUAGCUGAACUCAGGUAUGAUUAUAUUUCUUACCAUUUAGUUUCAAAAUGGCGAAAUAACAUUUGGGACGCUGGCGAAUUCUGCAAACCUGGAUUUCUUUAGAGACAGUACCGACCCGUCAUUUCAACGAAUUUACAAACGAAUUAAAGGAAACGUUGUUUCAACUUAUGAAGCUGGUGCACAGAAAGUAAUUUCUAGGCAAGAACUGAUUUUUUAAAUCUGUUAUAACUUCAUUUAUACCUGACAGUUCUGAAGACUGAACAACAUGUUCUCUCUAAGUGUCUAUAUAAAGGCCUUCUCCAAGUUGACCGCCUUACUAUACACGCGGAGUCUAAACUAACUUUGUUUAUGCUGGAUAUCUCACUCUGUUACUCAUAUACUGCACGGUACUGUACUGCAAGCGCAUGUCUUCCCAAACACAAAUGUACAAUGCCAACAUUUUGCAAUGAAUUUACUCAAACCUUCUCCAUUUCCUCCCACAUUUGCAAUUGUCUCCUUGGUUUUGCGGACGUUCCUCGAGGGUUGGAGCGAUAAGAACGUCUUCCAUAAGAACCUCAGAAUUUCUUUGCUUUUCUUUAAUAUUCUUUUCCAUGUUUCGCAUGCCAAUCUUACUACAGCAAAAAACAUAAUUAAAUUCAAUCAGUUUAUUUAUACUGGAUAGAAUUAAAAAAGGUUACAUACAUUUGUCAAUGUGUAAUUUCGACCAUGUUUUAAAUUAAUAUUGAACUUUUAAUAUUGCACCCGAUAUCAGGAUUUCUCCAUCAGUCCUAAAGUGCUCUGACCAGGGGUUCGAUAAGGUCGAUCUUUCAUAAGAAGCUUUAUUCUUUCAGUUCUGUCUCCAACCUGGCAACCCCGAGGUUGUUCUGUUUCAACCUAGGUCAAAUAAACGGACUGUCCUGCUUGUGUAUUUGCCCAAGGGUAAUAGAGAAGGAAACUAGACUAAACAAAUUUUAUAUAGUGAAAGGCUCCAUCACUAAUAGUGAGGCCUCCCUAGGGCUCCAGUAAGCCUAUUGGCUUAUUAGUCUACUGGCGCACUCAAAGUGAAACUUGACAAUCUUUUUACAUGUGGCUCCAUUAGUUAUAAACUAUUCUAUACCUAGGAAUUAAAAUCAGGUUUUCUAUUAUAACUUUAAUAAAAGAUUUAUGCAUUUUACUUUAUAGAGAAUGGACAGCGUAUAUAGCUGAUACGCCACAACUUGCCCAUCUGGUUUCUAAGCAAAGUGACUGUGGUUUAAAAAUAACAGGCGAUCCUUUCUUCUUCUCCGGCUACGGAAUUGCUUUAAGAAAAAACUCAACUUGGAAUACUCGUCUAUCACUUGAAAUUACUACUCUUGUUCGAAAGGGAUUUAUCUCAAAGUUACAAGCCAAGUGGCUGGCGACCGGUUGUGAGAAUAAGCAAGACCCAGAAACAGAAAAGAUGGGACUUGAUGAUAUUGGCGGAGCAUUUCUCAUUGUGAGUUUUGGGUGUAUUGCCAGUGGGAUAUUAUUGUUGCUCGAACAUGUUGUAUGGUAUGUGCUUAAUAGAAAAGAGAUGAUGGAAGCAAAUGAGGCAAGAAAGAAGAAAAGUGUGGAUCAUGCUUUUGGUGCUUUGGUAAAGGUAAUGAAAUUAGCGAUAAAGUUAUGAUAAUAGUGGUAAUAGUUAUGGUUGUGGAGGGAAGUGGUAGUUUUGGUGAUGAUGGCGGUAGUGGUGACAGCGAAAAUGGUUGUAAUGAUGAUGAUAAUGGUGGUGUUAAUGGUUUUUGUGAUAAUGGUAAAGCUUGUUGUGUUGGUGAUGAUGGUGUUGGUGUUGGUAGUUGUGGUAAUUGCGACGAUGGUGAUAAUAUAAUGGUUGUAUAUUGA